AUGUCGUUCAUGGGAGGCGCAGAGUGCUCGACAGCUGGUAACCCCUUAAGCCAGUUCCAGAAGCACGUUCAAGAUGAUAAAACACUACAGCGAGACCGCCUCGUCGGUAGAGGGCCAGGUGGUCAGCUAGGCGGCUUCCGUAGCUCGCCUGCUAACGCUCCCCAGGAUGAGAUGAUGAACGGUUUCCUCAAUGCUGGCCCUGGCCUUCAACAAGAGUUUCCUACUUUACAAGGCGGACCUGCUGGCCAGCUUGCCCCUGCACCACCACGAGCGCAAUCAGUGUCGCCAUCAUGGGCACAAGACUUCAACGCCCAGCAGCCCGGCAUGGAUGCCUUCGCACCAGCAAGGCCUCUGUUCAGCCCCGAAGAGUUUGCUCGCUUUCAACAGUCAAACCCGGCAGCCGCUGCCGCAAUGGCGCCACAGAUGAGGGGUGACAUGUCUUCUGCGAUGGCCCAACGACCGAUGAUGGGCAUGAACAUGGGCAUGAUGGGCAUGGGAUAUGGUCUUGCUAACCAGUCAAUGAUGCAACCGAUGUAUCAGCAACAGCAGCCUAUGCAGCAGCAACAACAGGACCUGAAGGGCAAGGGUAAGAUGGUUGAGUUGGACGACAGCAAGUGGGAAGAGCACUUUGCUCAACUCGAACUCCAGGACAAGGAAGAGGCCAAGGAAGCUGAGAAGCAGGCGAACGCCGCCGAGGGAGAGUUGGAGCAGAUGGACAACCACCUCCAAUCGGAAACUAAUGAGUUUGGUGAUUUCGAAUCUAUCUGGAAAGGAAUCCAAGCUGAAACUGCUGCUGCUAGAUCGAUGGUGAACGACCAACAAUACUUUGACCAAUUUGAUACCGAGUGGGGCCAGGAUCUCAUGCCUGACUUCAAUGGCGUGAACGACUGGGGACGAUUCGCCGACCCGAUUGUCGAGAAAUACAUGUUUGAGGAAGAGAACAUCUUCCGUGAGCAGAAGAAUGCCUUUGCCGAAGGUGUUCGUGUUAUGAAGGAGGGAGGUAACUUGUCCCUGGCAGCCCUGGCGUUUGAGGCUGCUGUUCAGCAGAACCCAGACCAUGUGGAGGCCUGGGUAUACUUGGGCUCUGCUCAGGCCCAGAACGAAAAGGAGACGGCGGCUAUUCGUGCCUUGGAGCAAGCCUUGAAGCUCGAUCCUAACAACCUCGAUGCCAUGAUGGGCCUGGCUGUUUCAUACACCAACGAAGGCUACGAUAGCACAGCAUACCGCACACUCGAGAGGUGGUUGUCUGUCAAAUAUCCCAACGUUCUCAGUCCUGCAGAUCUUCAUCCUGCCGCUGAUAUGGGAUUCACUGAUCGCCAGCAGCUGCAUGACAAGGUCACCAGCCUCUUUAUCAAGGCCGCCCAGCUUAGCCCCGAUGGCGAGCACAUGGACCCCGAUGUCCAAGUCGGACUUGGUGUAUUGUUCUACGGAGCGGAAGAGUACGAUAAGGCAGUGGACUGCUUCCAAUCAGCCCUUCACUCUUCGGAGCUGGGCACCACGAACCAACAGGAGCAACUUCACCUCCUUUGGAACAGGCUUGGUGCUACCCUCGCCAACAGCGGAAAGUCAGAAGAGGCCAUUGCCGCUUAUGAACAAGCUCUGUCUCUGGCGCCCAACUUUGUCCGCGCUCGUUACAACUUGGGUGUCAGCUGCAUUAACAUCAACUGCCAUCAGGAAGCAGCAUCCCACUUCCUUGCUGCUCUUGACAUGCACAAGACUAUUGAGAAGUCUGGCCGCAGCAAGGCAUACGAAAUUCUCGGCGACGGUGCUUCCGGCCAAAUCGACCAGGCUCUUGACAGAAUGUCUGCUCAGAACCGCAGCAGCACCCUGUAUGAUACCCUGAGGAGGGUGUUUACGCAGAUGGGCAGGAAGGAUCUUGCCGACAAGACGAUUCCUGGCGUCGACCCUGAUAUUUUCCGACCCGAGUUUGAGUUUUAG